ACACUUCAUUUGGAAAAGUUUUUUAUCUUUAUAAAUUAAUUACUUUCUGAGAAUAUUCCAAUAUUUCAAUUCAGUUUUCCAUGAUCAACUAUUAACACGUCUACUGUGUAGACACUGCGCUGACUUUUAGCCGCCCAUCUGCAACAGAGGUGAGUAGCCGCAGUCAAAUCGUUUAUCCAGCUUUGUGGUCUGCAUACGUUUGCGAAGAUAAAAUAGCGUGUACAUUUAGGACCAAAAUAAAGAAGAAUACAUUUGCAACGAAAGUCUUCUACAAAAAUCUUAGAGAAAAUGUGUGAAGUUGAAGCUGUUAACAAAAUUGCCAAAUGCCUACAAGUUCCCACUGGCAAAAUCCAAUUAAAUAAUGAACAGGUCGUGACACGCAUACUCAACAAUAAAUCUGUCUCUGGAUUUGCCACAAUUCUAAAUUCCUUGGUAAAGGAAUCUAAUUCGGAUAUAGCCAAAAAUAGUACCGCUUCCCGGGAAAUUGAAGUUCAAGUCUACCAAUGGAUUGAAUAUGCCGUCCUAUACGUUGCACCUGGUUCUAAAGACAGACACUGUUCACUGCAAAUGUUGAGGGAUUUCAACAAAUUGUUCUUGAGUAAAUCCUAUUUGGUUGGCUAUUCGCUAACGCUGGCGGAUUUGGCUGUAUUCUAUGCCAUUCAUGAUUUGAUGAAAUCUUUAACCCCCAUCGACAGAGAACACUAUUUGAACCUCUCCCGCUGGUUCGAUCACUUACAACAAAUUCCCGAAAUUCGUCAAGAAGCUGAGCUUUUGAAUUUCACCACAAUCUACUUGCAUGGCUGGGCAACGGGCACACAUGUUUAAUGAACUGACUAUUUGUAUUUUCUUUGCCAUCAAUUGAACUGUAUCUUAUUAUUUUCAUUUAUUUAUAUUUCUUAACUUCUUGAAAGAAAGCUUUUAAAAUUAUCGUUAAUUUAAUAUUAGAAAAUGAAAAGUUUA